AGCCAUCUUUUCCCUCAAAACAUUCCACAUUUUCAUUUGUAGGAGCAGCCCCUGCAAAGGGCGCGCACUUGCCUCAAGUGCGCGCACUGCCACCGCCGCUACCGCUCCGCCACCCCCACCGCCGUCCAUGGCGCUCUCUCCUUCCUCUCCUUCCAUCGCCGCCGUCGUCCUUGCCUUUGUCUUCCUCCGCCUCGCCGCCCCCUCCUCCAGCAAGACCGAGGCCGAUACCCUCCUCAAGUUCAAGGAGUCGUUGAAGAAUGCCACCGCCUUGGCCAGCUGGAACACCGCCAAGGCCCGCGCCCCCUGCGCCGCCGGCCGCACUACCUGGCCGGGCGUCUUGUGCGACGGCGACAAAGUCCUCGGGCUCAGCUUGAACGGCAUGGGACUUAGCGGGAGCAUCGACGUUGAUUCCCUCCUGGAGCUCCCGUCUUUCUUGGUUUUCGGCGCCAUGGAUAACAAUUUCCAUGGCCCUUUGCCGGCGUUUAAGAAACUCAGCGCCCUGAAAUUCCUGUACCUAUCCCGUAACAAAUUCUCCGGCGUUAUCCCGGACGACGCUUUCGUCGGAAUGGAAUCGUUGAAGAAAGUUCACUUGGCAUUUAACGAAUUCUCCGGCGCCAUUCCUACUUCCCUGGCAAGCUCCAGGACCCUCAUCGAGUUGAUGCUUGAAGACAAUAUGUUCUAUGGUAAAUUACCAGAUUUCUCGCAAGAACGAUUGAGCGUGGCAAAUUUCUCUGACAAUAAUCUUGAAGGUGAAAUCCCUCCAAUUCUUUCUACUCUCGGCGCCUCCUCAUUCGCAGGGAAUUCGGGUCUUUGCGGGAAGCCAUUGGCGGCAUGCCAUGCUGGGCAGGAUGAUACCGUUGAUUCCAACAAUUCCAACUCAAUGAUCGUCAGCCUCAUAGCGGCGGUGUUAGUUUUGGCGGUCGCCAUUGCCAUCAUCUUCAUCGUAUGCAAGAAAAAACCCAAAGAUGAUGCACCGGACGGGUCAACUCGAGCGCAAGUGGGCACCCAAACCGCCGCCGCCUCAGCAGUCGCCGCCACAACCCAGCAGAUGGACAGAAUGGAGCGAGGAUCGCAGGCUGCGCGUCCACCGGAGCGUGCUACGGCGGCCGGCGGCAAGAAACCGGCGGAGCAGCAUCAGCAUCAGGCCGCCGCCGUUAAGCUUUCGUUCUUGAGAGAGAACGUGGCGAAGUUCGACUUGCCGGACCUGCUUAAGGCCUCGGCGGAGAUUCUGGGCAACGGCGUGUUCGGAGCGACUUAUAAAGCCGCCCUUAACUCCGCCCAGGUGGUGGUUGUCAAGCGGUUCAAACACAUGAACAAGGUCGGAAAAGAAGAUUUUGUGGAGCAUAUGAGAAGGCUUGGAAGGUUGGAUCACAAGAAUUUGCUUCCUAUUCUGGCUUUCUACUAUAGGAAAGAGGAAAAGCUCCUUGUCUUUAACCAUGUCCAGAAAUCCAGCUUGGCUUCUCAUCUCCAUGGUAAGAAACAUAGAUCUCGUACCGGGAAGGAUCUAGACUGGGCAAUACGGUUGAAAAUUGUGAAGGGAGUAGCGAGGAGCAUGUUAUAUCUUUACAAUGAGCUUCCCAGCGUGAACGUACCAAACGGCCACCUUAAAUCCUCCAACGUUCUCCUGGAUUCCUCGUACGAGCCGUUAAUCAGCGACUACGGGUUGCUGCCAAUCGUGAACCAAGAGCACGCGGAGGAGCACAUGACCGCGUACAAGUCGCCGGAUUUCAAGCAGGGCGGUCGGGUGAGCAAGAAGACGGACGUGUGGGCGCUGGGGGUGAUGAUUCUGGAGAUCUUGACCGGAAAACACCCGCCGGACGUGGACACGGCGGCGUGGGUGCAGUCCAUCGAGCCCACGCCGGAGGCUUUGGACCCGGAGAUGAGAGGGGUGACUAAGAACGCGGAGGGGGAAGUGGUGAAGCUGUUGAGCAUUGGGCUGAGCUGCUGCGAGGUGAAUGUGGAGAAGAGGUCGGAGAUGAAGGAGACGGUGGAGAGGAUUGAACAAGUCAGAGAAAAGGACGCCGGCGACGAUGACUUUUACUCUUCAUAUACCAGCGAUGAUCGCUCGUCCCGAGGUUUUUCCGAGGAUUUCGGUCAUGCCUCAUUCAAUGCCUGACGUCGAUCAUAUAUCUCCUCGUUCAUCCCAUCCGUCCAUCCAUCUGCUUCAUUUCACAUAAUUCUUCAACAAAAUUGGAUGCAUGGCUUUGAUAUGAUGAAGGUUAGUUCAAUUAUUGCCCAACAAAUUUCAAUUCAAUUCAAGAUAUUUGGAUUGCAUUGCAUGCUGGGAAAAUGCCAAUUUUUUAAAUACUUUUUUUUUUUUUUUUUUUUUUAACUUUUUUACUUUUCUUUUUCGAUGAUAGUGUCGACGGGGGAAUUCUACCAUGCUGUGCGGCGUGACAUUGUGUUACCAAAAAUGAAAAUAAUAGGAUAAAUAAUAUGAAACAAUGAUAUUUAAUUUGUUCUUUAUUAUCUCAACUUAUCAAGUUGAACUAAUAGCUUUGUUGCCUUAAUAUUUUUAGAUCUAGAGCAGCACGUCAUACAGUAUGGUAGAAAUUUGAUCCCGCAGAAAAAAAUGAUGUAAUUUAUUGUUAGUAACUACACCUUAAAUUUUGUAUAAUGUUAGAUAUAAAUUGAGUGAAUUGAAAUUGCA